UUCUUAAUCGUUGAGUGUAAGAUCACUGGAGAAUUACAAACACCCUCCGCUCUCCAGAUCUGUUCUUCCCGAAAUUCUCAACACAACCAUUACUCAAACUCGCAAGAUCUGAUUUUCUCACAAUUACUAGUUUUAUACUCACAAUUGUAAUUCGAAAUUUCUCUGUAUAUUAAUUACUCUUCUUCUCCGUGUUCUCUCUCCUCCGUUGGUUGUUUAGAUCUAUCCGAGAGAGUGAGAUCAAAAAAUCAUGGAGAAAACCUGUACGCUGUUGGUGCAUUUUGAUAAGGGCACUCCGGCAUUAGCAAAUGAGAUCAAAGAGGCGUUGGAGGGAAACGAUGUGCCUGCUAAGGUAGAGGCAAUGAAGAAGGCGGUCAUGCUUUUGUUGAAUGGAGAGACGAUCCCCCAAUUGUUCAUUACUAUAGUUCGGUAUGUUUUACCCUCUGAAGACCACACGAUUCAGAAGCUUUUGCUGCAUUAUUUGGAAAUUAUUGAUAAGACUGAUUCUCAAGGGAGAGUGCUCCCUGAAAUGAUAUUGAUCUGUCAAAACUUAAGGAAUAAUUUGCAGCACCCGAAUGAGUAUAUUAGAGGUGUGACACUUAGAUUCUUGUGUCGAUUGAAUGAGAGUGAGAUCAUUGAGCCGUUGAUCCCUUCUGUGCUGCUUAAUUUAGAGCAUAGGAAUCCGUUUGUUAGGAGGAAUGCUAUACUUGCUGUCAUGUCUAUCUAUAAGCUUCCACAUGGAGAGCAGCUCUUGGUAGAUGCACCUGAGACCAUUGAGAAGGUGCUCUCCACUGAGCAAGAUCCGUCAGCAAAGAGGAAUGCAUUCCUUAUGCUCUUUACAUGUGCCCAAGAUAAGGCAGUUAACUAUCUCUUCACUCACAUUGAUCGGAUCUUGGAUUGGGGCGAGCAGCUUCAGCUGGUGGUUUUGGAGUUGAUUCGUAAGGUUUGUCGGACCAAUAAGCACGAGAAGGGGAAGUAUAUUAAGAUCAUUAUAUCUUUGCUCACUGCCCCUUCAACAGCUGUCAUAUAUGAAUGUGCUGGGACCCUAGUAUCGCUCUCGUCAGCUCCUACGGCUAUUAGGGCAGCUGCUGAUACUUACUGUAAGCUGCUGCAGUCGCAGAGUGACAACAAUGUUAAGCUCAUUGUGCUUGAUCGUCUCCUUGAGCUGAAGACUUCUCACAAAGAGAUCAUGGUUGAUAUGAUUAUGGAUAUUCUUCGUGCGCUUGCUAGUCCCAAUCUUGACAUUAGGAGGAAGACACUUGAUAUUGCCCUUGAAUUGAUUACUCCCAGGAAUGUUGAUGAAGUGGUUCUUCUCUUGAAGAAAGAAGUCGUUAAGACUCAAAAUGCUGAUCUUGAGAAGAAUGGGGAGUAUCGCCAAAUGCUUGUUCAAGCCAUCCAUACAUGUGCCAUGAAGUUCCCAGAGGUGGCUAGUACAGUUGUCCAUGUGCUAAUGGAUUUCCUUGGAGACACAAAUGUCGCUUCAGCGAUGGAUGUUGUGGUCUUUGUGCGGGAGAUCAUUGAGACUAAUCCUAAAUUGCGGGUUUCCAUUAUAACAAGGCUUUUAGAUACCUUCUAUCAAAUCCGUGCUGCAAGGGUUUGUUCUUGUGCUCUGUGGAUUAUCGGGGAGUAUUGUCUUUCACUCUCAGAGGUUGAGAGUGGGAUAGCAACUAUCAAGCAAUGUCUUGGAGAACUUCCAUUUUACACCGCCGUCGAGGAAGGAGAGGCCCAAGAGGUUCCCAGGAGUGAUCAGUUAGCCAGUGCUAUAACAGUCUCUUCUAGAAGGCCCGUGGUCCUUGCCGAUGGAACUUAUGCCACUCAAAGUGCAGCUCUAGAAACUGCUAUGUCGCCCCCCACCUUGGUGCAUGGCUCGUUGGCUACUCAAGGAAACCUGAGAUCGUUGCUGCUAUCUGGUGACUUCUUCCUAGGGGCUGUUGUUGCCUGCACUUUGACAAAGCUCGUAUUGAGAUUGGAGGAGGUUCAGCCAUCCAAAGCUGAAGUGAACAAGGCAACAACACAGGCCUUGUUGUAUAUGGUGUCCAUGAUUCAGCUGGGACAAUCGCCAGUUCUUCCACACCCUAUUGACAAUGAUGCUUAUGAUAGGAUAGUUCUCUGCAUUAGGCUUCUGUGCAAUACAGGGGAUGUGACUAGAAAUAUAUGGCUUCACUCUUGUAAAGAAAGCUUCGUUAACAUGCUUGCAGACAAGCAAUUCCGUGAAACUGAGGAGAGGAAGGCUAAGGCUCAGAUUUCGCACUCUCAACCUGAUGAUCUGAUUGACUUCUAUCAUUUGAAGAGCAGGAAGGGCAUGAGCCAGCUGGAAUUGGAGGAUGAGGUUCAAGAUGAUCUUAAACGUGCAACUGGGGAAUUUACCAAGGACAAUGAUGACGUGAAUAAACUCAACCGUAUUCUUCAGCUCACAGGAUUUAGUGACCCUGUUUAUGCUGAGGCUUAUGUGACAGUUCAUCAUUAUGACAUUGUUCUUGAUGUUACUGUUAUAAACAGAACAAAGGAAACCCUGCAAAACCUAUGCUUGGAAUUGGCAACCAUGGGUGACCUUAAACUUGUGGAGCGUCCACAAAACUAUACUCUGGCACCAGAGUCAAGCAAACAAAUUAGGGCUAACAUUAAGGUCUCCUCUACUGAAACGGGAGUCAUAUUUGGAAAUAUUGUGUAUGAGACUUCAAAUGUGCUUGAACGCAAUGUUGUUGUGCUCAAUGACAUCCACAUUGAUAUUAUGGAUUACAUUUCUCCUGCAACCUGUGCUGAUGUUGCAUUCAGAUCUAUGUGGGCCGAGUUUGAAUGGGAAAACAAGGUUGCUGUGAAUACUGUUAUUCAAGGCGAAAAGGAAUUUUUAGACCACAUCAUUAAGUCAACGAACAUGAAAUGUCUUACUCCACUAUCGGCAUUGGAAGGAGAAUGUGGUUUCCUUGCGGCAAACCUGUAUGCUAAAAGUGUCUUUGGUGAGGAUGCUUUGGUGAACGUGAGUGUCGAGAAACAAUCAGAUGGCAAGCUCAGCGGUUACAUCAGAAUAAGGAGUAAAACACAAGGGAUUGCCCUCAGUCUUGGGGAUAAGAUAACGCUCAAACAGAAGGGAGCUGCUUGAUUCAUUGUUGCAUCAUAGGAGUUUCCCUGUUUAUCGCUUCACCAUUAUUCAUUGUGUCUUGAUGCUACUUGGCAUGACCAUUGCAUAUCCUUAUACGCAUUUGUUUUUUAAGAGGGGCAGAUUUGUUACUUUCAUAGUGCUAAUUUUUGUAUUUUCAGUUUUCCAUUUUCGGAAAGUUAGCUUAAAGCGGAUGUUCAUUUCUGUAACUCUUGAGAUGUAUGCCUUAUGUUUCCCUCAUUUUGUGCUUUUGGCUGAGGAAUACUGUAAAUGUAGACCUCUUUCUCGAGGUUAUAUGACUAGCUGUUGUUCAAUCCUUAUAUCUUCAUUA